UAUAUUCCAUAUGUGAAACACAGAGAACAUGAUUAAUCAUUCAUCCUGAACUGCUUGCUUGCUAGGUCUAUAGUAUUAUAGGUACAGUAUAGUGAGUAUACACCAAUCAGAGGAGUUUUGCUCAGAAUUGGAAGCUCAGCACUGAUUGAAUUAUGCCUAAGCGCAAUCCUGUUGAGACUCUAGAAAAUCUUUCCUUUGAACUUAUUUUUGAUGUGAUACUUAGUUUUGGGCGGAACCAUGACCAGCCUACCCGUGGCUACCAAGAUGCAGAGCUCUUCCAGACAGUUGAUGCUUGGGUCAAAUGCAUGCCCAUCACAAUACUUGACAGGAUAAUACCAAAGAUGCUAAACCACAUCGCCUCCAAGGUUGCCAGGAGAGACCGUAUGAAGGGGCUGAUAAGUAUACUGCAGCUGCUUCUACAGCCUAAGCUUUCCAAGUUGCACUUGGAGAACCUCUUUUCGAUGCACAGGAUGUCAUCAAUGGCCAAUACGCAGAUACGGCAGCUUCUUGUCACCAGGGUGUCACAGAUGCAUCACCUCACAGAGUUCCAUCUUCCCGGCAAAUGCACUGACGCAAUCUUGGAUGUGGUCGCCGCCUCGUGUCCAAGGCUCAGAGUGGCAAAGUUUGGGCUGUCCCAGGUGACCGACGUGGGUGUGGAGGCCCUCGUCAAAGGCUGCCCACACCUGACAGUGCUGGAGCUGCAGGACUGCACGCAGGUUACAAGCGCUGGUGUGCUGAGGGUGCUGGAGCGCUGCAAGUGCCUAGAGCAGCUCCACGCUAAUAACCUUCUUGUCAUCCUCAUCACAAACUUCCACGGCAGCGACCGCACCUUCCCCUUCAGGCACCUCAGUCAGUACUCCAGCAGCGACAGCGUCCCGAUGCGCUCCCUUCAGUGGCUGUUUGGUGCGAUGCCGCAGCUCGAGAGCCUGCAGAUCUGUCUCCGUAACUCCGACCUCGACGCUCUGCGAUACCUGCCCAAAACUCUGCACUCGCUGGAUCUUGAGGUCACGGAAGACUUUCUCGAGCCGCCAUGGGCUGACAUCGGACCUCAGCUCACGUCGCUUCACAUCAAGUGUGAGAGUUGAGAGCGCAUGCAUCCAUACCUCAGCAAGUGAAUAAAGCACAGAUUUUGUUAUUAUCAUCAUACGCCAUCGUACGAAGAAUAAGCAUCAGCACAUCCCGACAUUACCAUUCACUAGUAUGAUUGACAAUCUGUGUGCUUUGAGAAUGGCGUUUCCAUGCCAUCCAAAUACUUUUCAAACUUAAUUAUUUGAAAUUGAAAAAUUACCCGUUUUGGUGUUU